UGUAUGUAGACAUUCGCAUUGGUUCGCACCUGGUUACCAUGGCAAUUGGUAAACAGAAGAUAGCUAUGGCGACACGUUGCUCAGCUCCGAGGGUCGCAUUUGGCAGCUGCCAGGACCGUCUCAUAUUUCCCACGCACUUUGCACCUAAUCGCAUGGGCAAUGAACUUCUCGCGCGGCAAGACUCGGCAGAGAGAGGACCCGGAUGUUACGAUAAUCACAAGCUGAGCACUCUUGUUUAUGAUCUUCAACACAGACCUGAGAGCAAGAGAGGAUACGUCUUAGCAGCUCGCACCGCACCACGCUUUCUGCCUCCAUUUACGAGGAUCACCCCUUCACCACAAAAAUACCAAAAGGACUGGACUCAGUCAAAAUUGUGCCCUCCUGGAAAAGCACCCUUCAAUAGUACCACUCUAAGGUUCAGGGACAAACUCUCCACAGCAGACAUCAGUCCUGGUCCAGGGGCAUAUGUUCAUGACACAAUCCAAGGCCAUAAAGUGUCUUGGCCAAUGAAAUUUGGCUCUCCAGACUGGUCAGGAGUUCCGUUGCUGGAACGAAAGGCACUGCGGACAGAGCUCGUGUGUGACAAAGAGUUUAAGAAACAGAGGAAUAGGGUGGCAUACCUACGCUUGUUCUACUGAUAAGAAUACAUUGCUAUCACAAAAAACCUGCAUUGCUACAAAACCAUCUAAGCAUGUCAAGGUAUACAAUAAUAAAAGUUGCUUUAAACUGCAAUUUAUACACA